AUGGCCCAAGUAGAGCUCCCGUGGGGCGCCUCUUCCUCUCGAAAGAGCAGCGAAGGCCGCCGCAGCCGCCGCAGCAAACACCGAGGGGGGGAGCUGCUGCUGCAGCAGCAGCAGCAGCAGCAGCAGCAGCAGCAGCAGCAGCAGCAGCAGCAGCAGCAGCAGUGGCAGCAGCAGGCGGCGCACGACCACUGGGAGCAGCAGCUGGGACGACAAGAGCUGCACCUGCAGAGCCGCAUGCUCCUCUGGCAGCAGGAGCAGCAGCACCAGCAGCAGCAACAGCAGCAGCAGCAGCAGCAGCAGGAGUGGGAAGCCCCCUCGUUCCUCAUAGAGGAGCAGCACAAGUGGCAUCGCCGCUACCGCCACAGCAGCAGCAGGCUGCAGCCCCAACCAAGGUGGAGCUGUCUAGAGAAGCUGCAGCGAACUCUAACAGUAGACAGUGCAGAAGAAGACGAGCAGCAGCAGCAGCAGCAGCAGCAGCAACAGCAGCAGCAGCAGCAGCAGCAGCAGCAGGGGCAUAUGCGGGGGGGGCCAGAGGAGACGCAAGACGCUAGACUAAGAAGCUGGCGGCGGGAGAAGCAGUCAGCAGCAGCAGCAGCAGCAACAGCAGCAGCAGCAGCAGCAGAAGAAGAAGAAGAAAUGAACGGCCCCUAUAACCACAUCAGCCCCCUUGCUUCUCCUCGCUUUGGGCGGGUGGAUAUACACCCGGAUGCUGCUGCUGAGACGCAAGAAAGCAGCAGAUACAGCCCAGCAGCAGCAGCAGCAGCAGCAGCAGCUGCUGCUGCUGCUGCUGCUGCUGGUGACGGAUACCCUCAACCCUAUGCCCCCCUCCCUCCUUACGCUGCAGCAGACAGUGACGGAUACCCUCAACCCUAUGCCCCCCUCCCUCCUUACGCUGCAGCAGACACAGCUGGUGACGGAUACCCUCAACCCUAUGCCCCCCUCCCUCCUUACGCUGCAGCAGACACAGCAGCAGCAGUAUAUACAACAAAAACAAAAAGCAAACACAGCAGCAGCAGCAGCAGCAGCAGCAGCAGCAAAGGCAGCCGGCGUCACCGCCGUUCGCAUCAUCACCAUCAUCGUUAUCAGCAGGAGGAGGAGGAGCAGUUGCUGCAUUCCAGCAGCCGUCCUGCUGCUUCUGCUGCUUCGCUGCAGCAGCAACUCGAUGAGGGCUGGCAGACCGUCCUGCUGCUUCUGCUGCUUCGCUGCAGCAGCAACUCGAUGAGGGCUGGCAGAAACACUGCAGCAGGAGCUGCUGCAGUUCCAAAGGGAGGUAUUCAGCAGCAGCAGCAGCAGCAGCAGCAGCAGCAGCAGAAAAGCCGCAGCAGCAGCAGCAGCAAACAAACAAAGACAAAUGCAGCUCGAGGAGAAGGGAGGCAGCAACUCGAUGAGGGCUCAGACACAGCCCCACAGCAGCAGCUAAAAUACAAACAAGUAACGCGAAAGCCUGCAGCAGCAGCAGCAGCAGCAGCAGCAGCAGCACAUGACGAAGAAGAAGAGGAAGAAGGGUUUGCUGAAUACGCAGAAGAGCAGCAGCAGCAGCAGCAGCAGCAGCAGCAGCAGCACGCAGCAUUUGCUGAGGCAAUGACAGAGAUAGAUGGAGCAGCAGAGGCAGCAGAAGACGCAGCAGCAGCAGCAGCAGCAGCAGAAGAAGAAGAAGAGGAGGGAGAAGGAGCAGCAGCAGCAGCAACAGCAGCAGAAGAGGAAGAAGAAGCAGCAGCAGAAGAAGAAGCAGAAGAAGAAGCAGCAGACGAUGCAGCAGCAGCAGCAGCAGAAGCAGCAGCAGCAGCAGAAGAAGAAGCAGAAUUAGCAGCAGACGAAGAAGACGCAGCAGCAGAAGAAGAAGCAGCAGCAGCAGCAGCAGCAGAAGCAGCAGCAGCAGCAGAUGAAGAUGCAGCAGCAGCAGAUGAAGAUGCAGCAGCUGUUUGCUGCUCACCCGAAGGAGGAGAGAUAGAAGACAACACAGAAACCCAAAUAGAGACAGAGACAGACACAACUGCAGCAGAAGAAGCAUCAGCAGAAGCAGAAGCAGCAGCAGCAGCAGCAGCAGCAGCAGCAGAAAAUCAGUGGAGUCUCGUGGCGUACGCAGAUCCGCAGGAGGGAGAGGGAGAAGCUGAGGAGACAGCAGCAGAAGGGGCUGCUGCAGCAGCAGCAGCAGAAGCAGAAGCAGCAGCAGCAGCAGAAGCAGAAGCAGAAGCAGCAGCAGCAGCAGCAGCAGCAGCAGAAGAGCAGCAGCGAGAGGAGAGGUUUGCUGCAGCAAAAAAGGAGACACGCAGAGACAGAUUCACAAUGGAGGCGAUGACAACCCUCACCACAGGGAUGCUGCAGAUGGGCCUGCAGCAGCAGCAGCAGCAGCAGCAGCAACAGCAGCAGCAGCAGCAGCAGCAGCAGGACCUGCUGUCUGCUGCAGCAGAGUGGGGAGAGGAGAGAGAGCAGCAGCAGCAGACGGAGACAAACACCCUCAUCAUGGAUAUGCUGAGACAGCGGGCGAGGCUGCAGCAGCUGCUGCUGCUGCAAACCACAAACUGGCCGGCCUCAGACCUAUACAGCAGCAGCAGCAGCAGCAGCAGCAGCAGCAGCAGCAGCAGCAGCAGCAGCAGCAACAGCAGCAACUCAAAGCGCGCCAGUUCAGAAUCUCCGCAAGCUGAACAAGGAGAAACAGAUGCGGCUUCCCAGCAGCAGCAGCAACAGCAGCAGCAGCAGCAUGCGACGACACAUGCAGCAGCAGCAGCAGCAGCAGCAGCAGCAGCAACUGCUGCGGGGGAUGAGCAGCAAAAGGAAGCUGCUGCAGUCUCUCCCGGCGCCAACUCCCCCCCUAGCAAACUGAUAGAAACAAAAGCAAAGACAAACUGCAGCAGCAGCAGCAGCAGCAGCAGCAGCAGCAGCCCCAGCAGCAGCAGCAGCAGCCCUGCAAAGGAGUCAAAGGAAGAACCUGAUAGCCGACAAACUGCAGCAGCAGCAACAGCAGCAACAGCAGCAGCAGCAGCAGCAGCAGCAGAUGCAGCACAGGAGGAGACGAAGUCAUACAUCCAUCUCACGGUCUCUGCCAACGACGAAGCAGCAGCAGCAACAGCAGCAACAGCAGCAGCAGCAGCAGCAGCAGCAGCAGCAACAGCAACAGAAGUUGAGCAUUCGAUAUCUGAUAGAGACACCGUAGAUCUCUCCCCCGCUGCAGCUGCUGCUGCAGCAGCUGCUGCAGCUGCUGCAGCAUCCCAAGGAGACAGUUGUGCUGCUGAGUUGGAGGAAGAGAAGCGCGCUGCUGCUGCUGCUGCUGCUCCUGCUGCUGCUGCAGAAGCAACUGCAGCAGCAGAAGCAGCAGGUGCCUCAGCUGCAGCAGUAGAAAAGGCUGCAGCAGCAGCAGAAACAGCUGCUGCAGCAGAGGCAACUGCAGCAGCAAAAGCUGCAGCAGCAGCAGCUACCACAGCUGAGGCAGCUGCUCUGGAGGCAGCGCGAGCAGCAGCAGCAGCAACAGCAGCGCUUGCAGCUCAUACAGCAGCAGCAGCAGCAGCAACGGCAGAAACAGCAGCAACAGAAGCAGCAGAUGAAAAGCAAACUGCUGCUGCUGCUGCUGCUGCUGCUGAGUUCAUCGAUGUCGGGCUGCUGCUAACUCCGAGAGAGGUGGAGACGCAGCAGCAGCAGGGCGAACUGCAGCAGCAGCAGCUGCAGCAGACAAAAAGCCCUCCCUUCACUUUUGCUGCUACGCAGCAGCAGCAGCAGAAUCUUCCCCCCCCUCCUCCUGCCAGGGGAUCAAGCAGCCAACGCUCAGCAGCAGCAGCAGCAGCAGCAGCAACAGCAACCGCAGCAGCAGCAGCAGCAGCAGCAGCAGGGCGAACUGCAGCAGCAGCAGCUGCAGCAGAGUACCUGGAGACAGACACACCGCUGCUGCAGUCGCCCCACAUUUCAAUGGCUGAGAGCUGCAGCACACAACAGCAGCAGCAGCAGCAGCAGCAAACGCUGCAGCAAAGGCUGAGGCUGCAGCAGCAGCAGCAGAAGCAGCAGCAGAAGUAUGCACACCACCUGCAGGAGUUGCAGCUGCAGCAGCAGGAGCAGCAGCAACAGGAGGAGGAGCAGCAGCAGCAACGGCAGCAAUUGAGUUUGUACCUGAAACAGCAGCAGCAGCAGCAGCAGCAGCAGAAGCAGCAACAGCAGCAGCAACAGCAGCAGACUGAGCCAGUGGAGCAGCAGCAGGGGGAAAGCCGCAGCUCACGCGUUCGUUUUGCUGCUGAAGCCAUAAGAGAAGAAGGGUCCGUCUCUUCUAGGGUUUAG